UUGUCAGAUGUUUUCCCUGUGUCUUCCUCAGUAUUACUCCUCGUGCUUUCCUCGUGCCUCCUUUGGAUUUUGUUUUGUUUCUUUGAUUUUGAUUCCAGUGUUUUAGUUUUCAGUAAGAUUGUUUGUUUAAUUAAAUCCUUGAGUUUUUAUCUGCAUUUUUGGUCCUCCAUUUGAGUUUUUCCUGCAAUCUGACAGGUCCGGGAAUAUCAGGGAUCGUUUGCAAGUUACCGUUACCUCUGGACUGAUGACAGGUCUGAAUUUAUGAGGCAGUUCCUGCUGUAUGGCCACGUGUUAAGCACUGAAGAAGCAGAACUGUAUGCUGACUACGAACUGAAAAAGAACCCACCCACACUGGAAAAUUUCAAAGAACAGAUCAACCUGUUUGAGUCUCUGUACGUAAGGGUCAGCAAGAUGGAGGACAAAAGAGUAUUUUGUAGCUGGCUUCAGCUUGAUAUCAGACCCUUUAAGCACACACUCAUGAAUGUCAUCAAGAGAUGGAGCUGGAUGUUUAAAGAGCACCUGCUAAACCACGUGAACCAGAGUGUAAGAGGGUUAUCCACUUUUCUCCAGGACACGGCCCAUGGCCUGUCUAAAAAAGUGUCUGAGGGUGACUACGCAGGCCUCGUGGACAUCAUGGGCCACCUCAUGGCUAUAAGAGACCGGCAGAUCAGCAAUGAGCAGCACUUCAAACCUCUCAAGUCUACUGCUGAACUCCUCAAGACCUACGGACAGCAGCUGCCAGAGAGCGUCUAUGACCAGCUAGAAGAGCUACCAGAAAAGUGGAAAAGUCUGAAGAAAAUUGCAUUCACAGUUAAACAUGAAGUGGCUCCUCUACAGUCCAAUGAAGUUUCAGUUAUACGCAGGAAAUGUGUUCGCUUUGAGGUGAAGCAGCAUGAGUUUAGAGAACAGUUUCGCACUGAGACAAUCUUUAAGAUCAGUGUGGAGCAGCCAUAUAAACUAAUUGAUAAGACUAAUCGAUCAGUGGCCGUAAUGGAGGCAGAAAUGAAAAAACUGCAGGACACAGCUGAUCUGUUUGAGGUCAGCUUUCCAGACUACAAGCAACUGCGCCAGUGCCGCUCUGAUAUCAUAUUGGUCAAAGCAGUCUGGGACAUGGUUAUCUUUGUGAAGACCAGUAUAGAGGAUUGGACCAAGACUCCUUGGAAAGAGAUCAAUGUUGAGCAGAUGGACAUGGAGCUCAGACGAUUUGCCAAAGAGAUGAAGAUGCUUGAUAAGGAGGUGAGGGUUUGGGAUGUCUACAUGGGUCUGGAAUCAACUGUGAAGAACCUGCUGACCUCUCUGAGAGCCGUCAAUGAGCUGCAGAACUCUGCAGUCAGAGAGAGACACUGGCAGCAGCUUAUGAACACCACCGGGGUCAGGUUUGUGAUGGGAGAGGGCACCACCUUGGGGGAUCUCCUGGAAUUACAGCUUCAUCGUGUCGAGGAUGAGGUCAAAAACAUUGUAGACAAGGCUGUAAAAGAAAUGGCCAUAGAGAAAGUUUUGGCAGAAAUAACCCAAACAUGGAGUGUAAUGUCACUUUCGUAUGAGACUCACACAAGUACAGGAACCCCACUGCUCAAAGCAGAUGAGAACCUGAUAGAAACACUGGAGGACAACCAGGUGCAGCUCCAGAACAUCCUCAUGAGUAAGUACGUUGAGUAUUUCCAGGCUGAGGUGAGCGGGUGGCAGAGGAAGCUGAUGGUGGCAGAUCUUGUCAUCUCUUCUUGGAUGUCUGUGCAGAGGACCUGGGCUCACCUCAACAGCAUCUUCACUAAUAGCCAGGACAUCCGCUGCCAGCUGGCCAAUGAUGCUGAGCGCUUCCAGGGAAUACACAGCGACUUCCAGAGCUUGAUGACUGAGGUGGUGCAGAACAAUAAUGUGGUAGAGGUCACAAACAAGCCUGGUUUCCUGGAGAACCUGGAGACUUUGCAGCAGAGGCUGUCUGUGUGCGAGAAGGCUUUGGCUGAAUACCUGGAGACAAAGAGACUCACAUUUCCCAGAUUCUACUUUGUUUCUGCCUCAGAUCUGCUAGAGAUUGUUUCCAAGGGAACACAGCCCAAACAGGUGACCAGACACUUGCUGAAGCUGUUUGACAACAUAGCAGAUCUUCGCUUCAGGGACUCUGAUGGAGAUGGAAAAGGGGAGGAGGUUGGAGAGGCAAUCGCUAUUGGGAUGUACAGCAAAGAGGGAGAAUAUAUACAAUUCUCUGAGCCAUGCGUCUGUAAAGGACAGGCAGAGUGUUGGUUGAGUUCGCUUGAGGGUACCAUGCGCUGCACAGUCCGAAAAGAGAUCCAGGAGGCAGUAGCUGCAUAUGAGGACAAACCACGAGACCAGUGGCUGUUUGAUUAUCCUGCACAGGUUGGGUUGACUGGUAGUCAGGUGUGGUGGGCCACAGAUGUGGGUAUUGCUUUUGAGCGUGUGGAGGAAGGAUUUGAAACAGCACUCAAAGACUACAACAAAAAGCAGAUCACACAACUGAACUCACUUAUCCACAUGCUGCUCGGUGAUUUAACUCCUGGAGACAGACAGAAAAUUAUGACCAUCUGUACUAUUGAUGUCCAUGCUCGAGAUGUGGUUGCUAGUCUCAUCAGUCAGAAGGUGACAACAGGUCAGGCCUUUGCAUGGCUCUCGCAGCUACGCCAUCGCUGGGACGACGAUACAAGGCACUGUUAUGUCAACAUCUGUGAUGCCCAGUUCCAAUUCAGCUAUGAAUACCUGGGGAACACUAACAGACUGGUCAUCACUCCUCUCACCGACAGGUGCUACAUCACCCUGACCCAGUCUCUCCAUCUGACUAUGAGUGGAGCUCCCUCUGGCCCGGCUGGCACCGGUAAGACAGAGACCACCAAAGACCUUGGACGCUCUCUGGGCAUCAUGGUGUAUGUGUUUAACUGCUCUGAGCAGAUGGAUUACAAGUCUAUUGGAAACAUUUACAAGGGUCUGGCUCAGACCGGGGUGUGGGGCUGCUUUGACGAGUUCAACAGGAUCUCAGUAGAGGUGCUGUCUGUUGUAGCUGUACAGGUCAAGACUAUACAGGAUGCUGUACGCAACAAGAAGCAAAGGUUUCAUUUCCUGGGAGAGGAGAUCGAGCUGAAGCAUACGGUGGGGAUCUUCAUCACUCUGAACCCAGGCUAUGCUGGAAGGGCUGAACUCCCAGAGAACCUUAAAGCUUUGUUCAGGCCCUGCGCCAUGGUUAUCCCAGAUUUUGAGCUGAUCUGUGAGAUCAUGUUGGUGGCAGAAGGUUUCAUUGAUGCUCGUCUGCUGGCGCGCAAGUUCAUCAGUCUCUACACUCUUUGUAAGGAGCUGCUGUCCAAACAGGAUCAUUAUGAUUGGGGUUUAAGGGCUAUUAAGUCAGUCCUUGUUGUGGCUGGUUCACUGAAGAGAGAGGACCGCAGCAGGCCUGAGGAGCAGGUGCUGAUGCGGGCCCUGAGGGACUUCAAUCUGCCGAAGAUAGUAACGAGCGACGUGCCAAUUUUCCUGGGGCUGAUCAGUGACCUGUUUCCUCAGCUGGAUGUCCCCAGGAAGAGAGACCCUGAACUGGAAAACGCUGUUCGCCAUUCAGUCAGUGAACUGCGGCUGCAGCCUGAGGAGAACUUCAUACUUAAGGUGACCCAGCUGGAGGAGCUGCUCGCUGUCAGGCACUCCGUGUUUGUAGUAGGCGGGCCAGGAACUGGAAAAAGCCAGAUUUUAAAGACUCUCCACAGAACCUAUGCCAACAUGAAGAUAAAGCCUGUAUGGAGUGAUAUCAACCCUAAAGCUGUCACCACAGACGAGUUGUUUGGAUACCUUCACCCUGCUACGAGAGAGUGGAAAGAUGGUCUUUUCUCCUCUACUAUGAGAGAGCUGACCUCAGUGGGCCAUGAUGGGCCCAAAUGGAUUGUUCUGGAUGGAGAUAUUGACCCCAUGUGGAUUGAGUCACUCAACACAGUUAUGGAUGACAAUAAGGUUCUGACUCUCGCCAGCAAUGAGAGGAUUAGCUUGUCCUCCUCCAUGCGCCUGCUUUUCGAGAUCUCUCAUCUCAGGGCUGCAACUCCAGCGACUGUAUCCAGAGCAGGAAUCCUCUAUGUCAACCCUCAGGACCUUGGCUGGAGCUCGUAUGUAACAAGCUGGAUAGACACUCGACAGGCCCAAUCAGAGCGAGCCAACCUGACCAUCCUGUUUGAUAAAUAUGUACCGUACUGUCUGGAACAAGUCCGCUGCAACCUGAAAACCAUCACACCUAUACCAGAAAACAGCAUGGUCCAGACACUGUGUUCCUUGUUGGACUGCCUGCUGACGGAGGAAAACACUCCCCCGGACUCUCCUAGAGAACUUUAUGAAAUCUACUUUGUCUUUGCCUGUGUCUGGGCUUUUGGAGGAGCUCUCUUCCAGGAUCAUCUGAAUGAUUACCGUGCUGAAUUCAGCCGCUGGUGGUCAAAAGAAAUGAGAGCGGUGAAGUUUCCCUCUCAGGGCACAGUCUUUGACUAUUACAUCGACUCUGAGACUAAAAAGUUUACUCCCUGGAGUGAGAAAAUGGUGCCAUUUGAGCUGGAGUCAGAUGUACCUUUACAAACUGUGUUGGUCCACACUCCAGAAACCAUUUGUCUGACUUACUUCAUCGACCUGCUGCUCCAGAGAGGCAAACCAAUCAUGUUAGUGGGCAACGCAGGAGUGGGCAAGACCAUCCUGGUGUCUGAUAAAGUGUCCAGACUGAAGGAGGACUACAUGGUGGCUAAAGUCCCCUUCAACUACUACACCACCUCAGCCAUGCUACAACGUGUCCUGGAGAAACCCCUGGAGAAGAAAGCCGGUCGUAAAUUUGCUCCACCCACUGCUAAGAGACUCAUUUAUUUCAUAGACGACCUCAACAUGCCUGAGGUGGACGUUUAUGGGACCGUUCAGCCACACACACUCAUACGUCAGCACCUCGACUACAACCACUGGUAUGACAGACAGCGACUGGUACUGAAGGAAAUACAUAACUGUCAAUACAUCACCUGUAUGAAUCCAACAGCUGGAAGUUUCUCUAUCAACCCCAGACUGCAGAGGCAUUUCUCAGUUUUCUCAGUGCACUUCCCCAGUGCCGAUGCAUUAGCUACGAUAUUCUCCAGCAUCUUGUCAGCUCACUUCCUUCAGGGAGGCUUCAGCUACGGCGUUUCCCGCUCAGUAGGAACUCUAAUACAGGCAGCUAUCUGUCUGCACCAGAAAAUCAGUCAGAACUUUCUUCCAACGGCGAUACGCUUCCACUACAUCUUCAACCUGCGAGAUCUCACCAACAUUUUCCAGGGCAUCCUGUUCGCCCUACCUGAGUGUAUCAGAUAUCCCAUUGAUCUGGUUCACCUGUGGCUGCAUGAGAGCUCCAGAGUCUACUCGGACAAACUGAUGGAGGAAAAAGAUGUGGAGCUCUUCAACAAGAUCCUCCUGGACACUGGAAAGAGAUAUUUUGAGGGAAUAGACGAGUCCAUCUUCAUCCACCAGCCUUUGGUGUACUGUCAUUUUGCCCAGGGAGUGGGAGAGCCUCGCUAUCACCAGGCAUCAGACUGGGAGAAACUCCAGAAGACGCUGGCUGAUGCUCUGGAGCAUUAUAAUGAGCUGCAUGCUGUCAUGGACCUGGUGCUGUUUGAGGAGGCAAUCCAGCAUAUUUGUCGCAUAAGUCGGAUCCUGGAGGCGCCCUAUGGCAACGCUCUGCUGGUGGGUGUUGGCGGCAGCGGGAAGCAGAGUCUGUGCCGGCUGGCUGCCUUCCUCAGCUCACUGGAAGUUUUCCAGAUCACUCUGCGUAAAGGCUAUGGUAUAAAUGACCUCAAGAGUGAUAUAGCAGCGCUGUAUAUAAAGGUUGGGGUGAAGAACAUUGGAACAGUGUUUCUCCAUACGGACGCACAGAUUCCAGAUGAACGGUUCCUGGUGCUUAUCAAUGACAUGUUGGCCUCAGGGGACAUUCCCGACCUUUUCAGUGAUGAAGAAGUGGAUAUGAUUGUGACGUCGAUCAGGAUGGAGUUGAGGGGUUUAGGACUCAUAGAUAGCAGAGACAACUGCUGGAGUUUCUUCAUUGAGAGGAUUCGACGACAGCUCAAGGUCGUGUUGUGUUUCUCUCCAGUCGGGUUCACAUUGAGGACACGAGCUCGGAAGUUUCCAGCUCUGGUGAAUUGUACAGCCAUAGACUGGUUUCACCCUUGGCCUCAGCUUGCCUUGCAGUCUGUCAGCUCCACUUUCAUAGAGAAGAUACCUGGACUAGAGCCAAAAGUGCGAGCUUCCAUCAGUGAGUUCAUCUCAUACGCCCACACAAGUGUCAAUGAGGUGAGUGUCAAGUACCAGCAGAAUGAGAAACACUUUAACUACACCACGCCAAAGAGUUUCCUUGAGUUUAUGAAGCUGUAUGGAAACCUGCUGGGGAAAAAACGUACAGAGCUGACAGAGAAGAUGGAGAGGUUAGAGAAUGGCCUUCAGAAACUGAAGUCAACCGCCUCGCAGGUGGAAGAUCUGAAGGCGAAGCUAGCAGUGCAGGAGGUGGAGCUGUGGCAGAGGAACACAGAUAUAGAGGCUCUCUUAGCUAAAAUUGGACAGCAGACAGACAAGCUUAACCAAGAGAGAGCUGUGGCAGAUGGAGAGGAGCAAAAGGUGGCUGCAAUCCAAGCUGAAGUGACUAAACAGCAGCAGGAGACUGAGGACGAUCUGGCCAAGGCUGAACCUGCCCUGCAAGCAGCCAAUGCAGCCCUCAAUACACUAAACAGGUUAAACCUGACAGAACUGAGGACGUUCCCCAACCCUCCAGCUAUUGUCACCAACGUCUCAGCAGCUGUUCUGGUGCUACUGGCUCCCCAAGGCCGAAUCCCCAAAGAUCGCACCUGGAAGGCUUCCAAGAUGGUUAUGAGCAAGGUGGAUGACUUCCUGCAGGCUCUGGUGAACUUUGACAAAGAGCACAUCCCAGAGGCCACAGUGAAGUGUGUGAGAGACGAGUACCUGAGUGACCCAGAGUUUAACCCGGAGUUUGUGCGACAGAAAUCCUCUGCAGCUGCAGGGCUCUGUUCCUGGGUAAUCAACAUCAUCCGUUUCCACGAGAUUUUUGUUUUCUGUGAAGUAGAGAUGAAGAGGAUGUGCCUGUCUCAGGCUAACGCUGAUCUGGCUGAGGCUGCAGAGAAACUAGAGGCCAUCAGGAAGAAACUUGCUGAGUUGGACAGUAGUCUUGAAACUUUAACAACAGCUUUUGAGAAGGCCACAUCAGAGAAACUACGCUUUCAGGAAGAGGUCGACCGCACUAACAAGACGAUAGAACUAGCCAAUCGUCUGGUCAAAGGUCUGGAGAGUGAGAAUGUACGCUGGGCCCACUCAGUGGCUCAGUACCAUGAACAGGAGGAGACUCUCAGUGGGGAUGUUCUCCUAACGGCAGCCUUUAUCUCCUACGCUGGCUCCUUCUCUAAGAAGUAUAGAAGAGAGCUGCUAGACAACCUCUGGAUGCCCUUCCUGCGAAGCCAGAAGGUUCCUAUCACAAUGACAGAAGGCUUAGAUCCAGUGUCAAUGCUGACAGAUGAUGCCAUGGUGGCCCAGUGGAACAAUGAAGGCUUACCAGGAGACAAAAUGUCAACACAGAAUGCAACCAUUCUCACCAACUGUGAGCGCUGGCCCCUUCUCAUCGACCCUCAGCUGCAAGGAAUUAAGUGGAUCAAGAGUCGAUUCGGCAGCAGCCUUAAAGUCAUCAGCCUUGGGCAGAAAGGGUAUGUAGACGUGAUAGAACAGGCUGUAGUGGCAGGUGACACUGUCCUCAUAGAGAAUCUAGAAGAGACCAUUGACCCUGUCAUUGAUCCUCUGCUGGGGCGACACACUAUCAAGAAGGGCAGCUGUAUAAAAGUCGGGGACAAGGAGUGUUACUUCCAUCCAGGCUUCAGGCUGAUCCUGCACACUAAGUUAGCUAACCCUCACUACAAGCCUGAGAUCCAAGCCCAAACCACCCUCAUUAAUUUCACUGUGACCAGGGAUGGUCUUGAGGACCAGCUGCUAGCUCAGGUGGUGAAUCAGGAAAGGCCAGACCUCGAGCAUCUUAAGAGUGAACUGACCAAACAGCAGAACAUGUUCAAGAUUGAGCUGAAGCUUCUGGAGGAUGAGCUGCUGACGAGGCUGUCUGCUGCUGAGAGUAACUUCCUGGGUGACAACGUGCUGGUGGAGAAGCUUGAGACUACCAAGCACACAGCUGCUGAGAUUGAGAUGAAGGUCCUGGAGGCUAAAGUUAAUGAGGUGAAGAUAAACGAGGCCAGAGAGCACUACCGUCCUGUUGCUGUCAGAGCUUCUCUGCUUUACUUUAUCAUGAACGAUCUCAACAAGAUCAACCCCAUGUAUCAGUUCAGCCUUAAGGCUUUUAACGUGGUUUUUCACAAGGCAGUUGCGAUGGCAGAGGCAUGUGAGGAUGUCACCAGCAGAGUAAACACACUCAUAGACUGUGUUACCUUCUCCACCUUCAACUACAUCAGCAGGGGACUGUUUGAGAGAGACAAGCUCACCUUCACUGCACAGCUGGCUUUCCAGUUGCUCCUGAUGAGUAAGGAGAUAGACAUGCGAGAACUGGACUUCCUGCUUCGUUUUAACAUCGACCACAGCUACGCCAGCCCCCUUGACUUUCUUUCCAGCUCAGCAUGGAGCGCAAUCAAAGUGAUGAGUUUCACUGAUGAGUUUCGAGGUCUGGAUCGGGAUAUUGAAGGCUCUCCUAAACGCUGGAAGAAGUUAGUGGAGUCAGAAUGUCCUGAGAAAGAGAAGUUUCCUCAGGAGUGGAAAGGAAAAACCUCCCUGCAGAAACUCAUCAUGAUGAGAGCUCUGAGGCCUGACCGCAUGACCUAUGCCCUACGGAACUUUGUGGAGGAGAAGCUUGGAGUAAAGUACACAGAGGGCAGAAAGACAGAAUUUGCAAAGUCCUUCAGAGAAAGUGGUCCGGCCUCAGCUGUGUUCUUCAUCCUCUCUCCUGGAGUGGACCCUCUGAAAGAUGUGGAAUCACUGGGAAGGAAGCUGGGUUUCACCAUUGACCUUGGGAAGCUUCACAAUGUGUCCUUGGGCCAGGGUCAGGAAGCUGUGGCUGAGGCUGCCAUGGAAAAGGCAUCCAAGGAAGGUCACUGGGUUAUAUUACAGAAUAUCCACCUGGUCGCCCGUUGGCUGGGUUCACUGGAGAAGCUCCUGGAGCGCUGCUGUGAAGGCAGUCAUCCAGACUACAGAGUAUUUAUGAGCGCAGAGCCGGCACCAACACCCCAGGAACACAUUAUCCCACAGGGCAUUCUUGAAAAUGCAAUCAAGAUAACCAAUGAACCUCCUACGGGCAUGCAUGCCAAUCUGCAUGCAGCUCUGGAUAAUUUUGACCAGGACAUCCUGGACCAGUGUAGCCGUGAGCAGGAGUUUAAGACCAUCCUCUUCUCUCUGUGUUACUUUCACGCUUGUGUGGCUGAGCGGAGGAAGUUUGGACCUCAGGGCUGGAACAGGAAGUAUCCCUUCAACACAGGAGACCUGACAAUAUCUGUUAACGUUCUCUACAACUACCUGGAGGCAAACGCACAGGUGCCGUGGGAGGACCUGAGGUAUCUUUUUGGCGAAAUCAUGUAUGGAGGACACAUCACUGAUGACUGGGACAGGCGACUCUGCCGGACGUACCUGGAGGAAUACAUGCAGCCCAACCAGUUUGACAGAAAGCUUGCUUUGACUCCAGGGUUUGUUGUCCCCUCUAACCUGGACUACAAGGGUUACCAUGAUUUUAUUGAUGAGAUGCUGCCCCACGAGAGCCCAGUGCAUUAUGGGUUGCACCCCAAUGCAGAAAUUGAGUUUUUGACAGUAACGUCUGAUAACCUUUUCCACACUCUGCUGGAGCUGCAGUCUCCAGAUGCUGUGAUGGGGGAGGGAGCCUCACAGACCCUGGAAGAGAAGGUGAAAACAAUUUUAGAUGAGGUGAUUGAGAAGCUUCCAGAGGAGUACAACAUGUCAGACAUCACCUCUAAGACAGCUGAGCGUUCCCCGUACAUCCUGGUCUGCUUCCAGGAGUGUGAACGCAUGAACAUGCUUGUCUCUGAAAUACGCCGCUCACUCAAAGAGCUUGACCUUGGACUCAAGGGAGAGCUGGCCAUCUCCUCUGAGAUGGAGAAGCUGCAGACUGCUUUGUUCUUUGACAACGUGCCUGAAACCUGGACCAAACUGGCCUACCCCUCCACCUACAGUCUGGCUAUAUGGUAUAAUGAUGUGUUGCAGCGCUGUAAGGAGCUCGACAGCUGGACUCAGGACCUUUCUUUGCCAAGUGUCCUCUGGCUGUCUGGACUUUUCAACCCACAAUCCUUCCUCACCGCCGUGAUGCAGUCUCUUGCUCGUAAGAACGAGUGGCCCCUGGAUAGAGUGAACCUGACUGUGGAUGUGUCCAAAAAGUUUAAAGAAGAGUUCAACCAACCUGCCAGGGAGGGCGCGUAUGUUUAUGGACUUUACAUGGAAGGUGCGAGGUGGGACACUCAGGCUGGUGUGAUCACUGAGGCCCGUCUGAAGGAACUGACCCCACCAAUGCCUGUUAUCUCAGUCCGGGCUGUGCCCAAUGACCGCCAGGAGACAAGGAACAUUUACGAGUGUCCACUUUACAAAACCAAGAUCAGGGGACCCACAUAUGUCUGGACUUUAAGCCUCAAAACCAGGGAAAGGCCAGCCAAGUGGGUGCUGGCAGGAGUUGCCCUGCUGCUCAGUGUGUGAGGCGGACUUAUGUGGUGUGAGGUUAUGACUGAGGAAU